AUGGGACUUGUGGGCGUAAUUCCCGAGACUGUCGGAGGAUACCUCUUUGCCCUCACUGCAGCAGGCUUGGUCUACCUUAGCGUCAAGACCGUAUACAGACUCUACUUCCAUCCGCUCGCAAAGUUUCCCGGACCUAAACUUGCCGCCGCAAGCAUACUGUGGUAUACUUUCCACUGGACAAGCGGUGAAUGGCCGCUCCAUCUGGCCAAAGCGCAUCGAAAGUACGGAGACGUUGUUCGCACCGGCCCCAACGAGCUCUCCUUCGCGUCAGCGGAAUCUUGGAAAGACAUCUACGGUCAUACAGGCAAAGGAAGGCGUACAUUCCUGAAGUCGCAUUUCUACGACUCCAAUGGAAGACAGCCAAGUAUAGUCACAUCCAAGGAUCCGAUCGAACACAGCACACAACGGAAGGCGCUCUCAGCAGCAUUCAGUUCCAAAGCGCUCCGAGAUCAAGAGAACGUUGUUCAUCAGUAUGUCGACUUGUUCAUCGAACAGAUCGGAAAACUCGGGGGCGCCGCCACUAAUGGGAUCAAUAUCCCUGAAGCUUUUAAUUGGCUCACCUUUGACAUCAUUGGGGACCUGACAUUCGGUGAGUCGUUCGACGCCGUCAAGAACGGGAAGACGCACCCUUGGGUGUCGGUCAUGGUAGAAACCACGUUCUGGGGAAGCAUUAUUGAGUUGCGCAAGCAAGUUCCCCUGCUGAACCUGAUUCUGCCGUUCCUCGUGAACGGAGAGCUUGCCAAAGGAUACGAGAUGCACAAUCAACUCACCAAGGAAAAGACAGAGAAAAGGGUCCAGCAGAAAGACACCGUCACCAGGGAAGAUUUCUUCAAAACCAUUCUGUCUAAGGGAGAAUGGAGUCAAGGCAAGAUGGAAAGUAAUGCCGACUUGUUGAUCGUUGCUGGAUCAGAGACGACGGCCACAACUAUGGCUGGCAUUGCAUAUUUCCUGCCAAAGCAUCCACACUGCAUGGCUCAGUUGCAGAAGGAGAUUUUCAGUGCCUUCACUUCGUACGACCAGAUCAAUGGGGAUGCAACCGCCAAACUUCCGUACCUCAAUGCCGUGAUCGAGGAGGGACUGCGGAUGUACCCGCCCGUAGCAUUCGGGCUCCCACGAGUCUCCCCAGGAGCUAUAGUUUCCGGUUACUAUGUCCCUGCCGGUACGCUUGUCUCGACGCAGAGCUGGGCCUGCUCGCAUGACCCCAAAUACUGGCAUGAUCCUGACUCCUUUCUACCCGAACGAUGGAUCGGAGAAGGGUUUGGCGACCGGAAGGAAGCAGUCAACCCGUUCUCGCUCGGUCCAAGAGCUUGCCUCGGAAUCAACUUGGCAUACAUGGAGCUACGUGUCAUAUUGGCUAAGAUGGUGUGGACUUAUGAAUGGGAAAUGGUUGAUAAGACCGUAGACUGGGUUCAGGAUAACAAGAUGUAUUUGUUGUGGAAGAAGCCAGAGAUGAAGAUGCGGUUCCAUCCUCGCGCGGAAAGCAAAGAAUAA